GCGAGAAGAUCCUAGCCCUCAAUCGUAGAACACUGAGUGGCGCAUGGCUCUUUCCACAAUCUGCGGUCAAUUCUCUUCAUCUUCUUUGCCUUUUACGGCUUGCCAUCCAGCAAAUAAGCACAGUAAUAGUCAGUAUCUGAUUAAUUGUUUGUACUCGUAGUGACCUGCGGCAGCAAGAGGGAUAGACACUUGUAGCAAUUUCACUGUUGAAGUAUUUCCUGUGGUCUUGGCUUCGGCCCGCCGCAUUUACCUGCCGUGCGUGACGUUGACCUGCUACGGCAUCUGAUACUGUACUAUUAGUAUUACUACUAUGGCUUCUGUUGUCAGUCCAGUCAACAAUCUCUGUUGAGGAUUGAGCUACAUAACAAUCAGUCAUGUUUCAGUAGUGCAACAGCACACAACAGAAGUGCCCAGUAAACAUCAGCUUCAAGAUUGUUUCUCAAGCACACAGCUACUUUGUGAGAAGUUGUCUUUAGAUCGUUCAUAGUACCACUGGCUCGCUUGGCUCAACUCUCUUUCCCUACAACUUAGUACAAGGCUACAUGUAAGGUGCCAGUAUCGCUUGCACGUGUAAGUGUAGUGCAUGCUGCAGACUUGUAGAGCAACACCAUCCAUCCUCUUGAGCAUUUCAUUCUGCCAGUGCCACUCCAGCCUCCCCCGGUUAUCAACGCCGACUGACCGGCCACUGGAAUAGCUUCCUGCCCCGUCCAGGCAAGCUCUAUUCAAGCACACGUGGGAUAACCUAAACCCGGCGAAAUAAGCACCUAACUGGUAGGGUGCAGACACCGUGUGUGAUUUUGCGUGAGCGAGAAAGGGGCAGAAAGACGGAGAUCACGGUCUGACUACGAUUUGCCACCUGGACCCUUUCAUUUCCACUUGCUCAACAGCUAUACAGGGCUAUAAACUCGUCGAUCACAAGCGCGCUGGUGAAGAAGGAUGGUGUCACUGCGGAGGUCAGACACAACUCAGGAAGGCUGCUAGUGACUAGUACUCCGCAGCGGAAGGAUAUGGCAGGCGCAAAUUUCAGUCUGUUGCUGUCCAAUUUUCUUCGCCAGAAGCGCGCUGUGCUGGGCCUAAUAUUCAUCGCAACAGUAGCCAUCAUUGUUCUUGUCACCAGCAAUGGCGAGAACAGCAAAGGAGGCAAACGAGGUGGAUCGCUGGCAUCACUGGUCAACUGGGCGCAACUAGGGCACCAGGAGGAUGAUGCGGAGUCCCGUGGCGAAUCGCACGUGGAGGGGGAACAGGACAGUCAGCCAGUGUUCGGUGAUGGCGUUCACCUGCAAACUGGUCACAGUGCUGCUGCGAGCUCCAUACCACAUUAUCUGUCACCUGAAGCGCGGUUGAAACGGAUAGCAGCCACCUUCGCCGAGCGGAAUCUUGGUGAUGAGAAUUUGUGCGCAGCCAUCAAACGUGGCGAGAUCAGCGUUGACAGGCACAAGCGUCGCGGUGGCAAGAAAAGCGCCUGGAUCGCCACGUGGAAAGGCAAAAAAAUCGUCGUGAAGCGCAAUGACUUCGAGGUGAGCGUAGCUUUGAACAAGCACCUCUUCUACGCUUGGGAUCGGAACGACGACGGCCGCGUGGAGCGUGUCGAGUUCUUCAAAAGUCUGUCGAACGCCAUGGAACGAAUGGGAAUAUACGAGGAGGAGCUUGACAAUGUGUUCCACACGGCCGAUGUGAACCGUGAUGGGGUUCUCAACGUCAAGGAAGUGCUGCUGGGAGCUGCCAUCGUGUACGAACGCUAUAAUCAGAUGUUAGCGCCGGAGGCAUUGAUUCUGGGUGAGAAUCCCGACUUAGACAUCUUUCCUCGGUACUAUGGUCACUGCAAUUCCUCGUAUGCAGUGGAGUUCCUGCCUGUUCACUCACUGUAUAUGAUGCGUCAGCGGGAGUGGAAGAUCAGAGCGAAGUUGGCGCUUGGUCUCUUGGAUUGGGCAAAGGUUGCAACUGAGAAGGGCUUGUACGCCUGUGACAUGAUUCUCGGCAACUUUGGUCAGGGAGAAGACGGAGUGAUCAAGAUCAAUGACUUGGACCAGGUUCACUCGCAUGAGGAUGUGAAACGUUGGGAGGGCUUGCCGUGCACACCAGGCACCAAGGGUAUUGGAUGCUUUGAUGAUGGUCACUGUCGCAUGGUGUGCCAGAACAACGGCAAAUGUCCCAUCAUGCCGCCACAUCACAACUACAAAGAGGUGUGUCGACGACUGCUCUGGCGGCCAAAGCGUUCCUUGUUCAUGAAAGACACCCCUAAAGACGUGCGCGACGCUGUGAUCAAGUGCCGUGAAGCUGUGACGACAGAGGACGUCAUGCAUUAUGUGAAGAUGGUUCAUAGAUUUUUAACCCGCGAGACAGAAGGCAUGAAUGCCCAGGACAUUAUCCCGCCGGACUUUGAGGGCCAAGUACGAUUUGGAAAGAAGCUCGAUUUCCAUUCGGUGGAACUUGAGCAGGCAACCAAGACUGGUAAAGGUCGCGUGCCGGCCGGCUUCAAGCAACCACUGCCGUGGGAAUUCUAGGCCACGAGUAUCAGACACAGCGAGUAACGCCGGUUUUAAUCCUGCUGUCCGUUUGCCACUCUUGGAGCUCUUGCCCGUUUACGGCUCCUGUGGAGUGUCGCAAACCUAAUCGUACAACACCGAGGUGCAUGCACUGGUACUGUAUAGAAUCUAUACACCUAGGUGCAUGUACUGGUAGUACAGUAUAUCUAUACAGAGAUAAUAAAACAGCUAACCAUGAAAUGCUAACCUUCUAAUACACUUAAACAAAUCAUUAAUAGCUGACCCGUAGCUAAUUGGCUUCAUUUAAAUCACAUUUUAAAAACUUAUUUGAAUUGCUUCGAAACGCUCUCUCAAAUCUGAACCGACGCCACCAGUAUUGAUAAGCUACCAAACACUGGAUAGACAUACGAGAGUCUCCACUCGGCUACAGGAUUUUUAUGUGCUAGUGCAAGCAGCUACAAUUUUGACGCUACAUGUCUUUCUUCCAGAUAUGAUGAUUUUGAAAGAGUUAUUAUUUGCUAGAUACCUUCCAUUCAAGUCUUGACGUUUAUACAGCAAAAUUAUAUAGUAGUUCUUCACUUUUUGACACAGGAUUUAAUUUUACGAAAUAGUGGUUGCGACUUUGGCGAUGAUUUUAUUAUUAUUAUUGAAAUCUAUUUUGCAAAAGACCCUAGAAUUGUAGCACUGAAAUGACCCUAUACUGCUUCAAUUAGAAAUAGUUCUUGUUACAUCACACAGUAUUUAUUGUCCAAAGAAACAGCUUUUGAUGUUUUAUCCACAAUUUUCACCAGUUUGCUAUGUGCUGUAUUCUCAAAUUGUUCACAUGAUUAUAUCAUCUCCCUUGUUUGAAAAUGGACAAAUGUGAGAUGAAGUUAGUGUGGAGAGUCUGCAACUAUGAUGAUGAGUUUGGUGUGGAUAGUGUUCCUCAACCAUGGUGGUGACCAUGUACGGUCUUUUUUCCCCCGUGAUGUCUGGCCGGUCCGGUAGUGUUGCGUGGAAGGUUUCUCACAUCUUCCUUUGGGUUUGAUGGAGAUGUUCAGUGAGAAAUAUUCCGUGAGACUCUGUGUUGCAGCAUGUUUCCCUCUCAGUCUCCCGUUGGGAUAGUUGGCGGGACUACGAUAUCAUGAUGAUCACUGGCAUCACACCUAUUACAGCACCGUCGCAUGUCGCAGACUUUCUCGGGAUUGCACUGUGUUCAGAUUGGUUCUCCGCACAUUAGUGACCUGGCUGUGUGUGGGUGUGUGCAUGUUUGUGUGUGUGUGUGUAGGUGUGCUUGUGGGUGCCGGUGGUCUUGCGUUGUACGCAGACCAUGUGAUGCUGGCGUUGGUUCCGUGGUUUGUAUCUGCAUUUGGAAAGGACCUGUGCUCUUGGAUGUGAUAUGAGUGGUUGGUUCUGCUCAGUUCAGAUUCCACUUGGGAACUGUACUUGGUAUGUGUGCUGCCCAGCAUAUACGCGUACAUGUAUACUGCUUCCUCAUGUCGGUAUGUAUGCACAAGAGACCUUGCCUCCGCAGAUAGCCGAAUCCUGUUGUGUAUGCCGUUCGGAAUGCAGAGAGUGUGGCCUCAAUUUGUCAUCGCUGCAACACACGUACGCGCCCAGGCGCUUUCUUGAUUGUUCCCGUCCAGGGCUUUCUUGGUUGCUGGGACUGUUGUUGGGACUGGUGCCAGUCUACUACUGCUACUGGCUACAGCUCACACUCACAGUCUCCUCUCUGUGUGUCUCCUCUCUGUGUGUG